UUGAGAGUCAAAACAGUAGCAUAUUAAAAGCUCAACAGAUUCCUCUCUUCUCCAAAGCAUUGCAUUGCAUCAACUGUAGUGAAGGAAGGAAGGUUAUGGAUCAUCAACAGGAGCAGGAUCCUCCAACAUUUAACAGUAAAUCACUUGAGAAGAAGCCAGGAAUUCUCUUUAUUGGAUCUCCCAAUGUCGGCAAACGUGCCCUUAUCUCUCGACUACUUUCAGUAGAUUCUGAAGAUGCCUUUGAAUCAUCUUCUAACAUCCUAUCAUAUCCGUGGGCAAUCAACACCAAGUAUUAUAAUGCUGAUGUUUCUGUUUGGAUGGCCCAUCUUCAUGAGGACUUCUCCAUUGGAGCCCUGCCAGCAUAUGAUCAGCUUGUUGCAUUGGUGAUGGUCUUUGACGUUACUGAUCUCUCAUCUUUUGUUGCGCUUAAAGAUUUUGUCUCCCGCACUGACAUCCUCAAGUUUGAGAUUUUGUUAUGCAUUGGCAACAAAGUGGACCUUCUUCCUGGUCAUUCGGCUCAUGUUCAAUACAGACGGCUCCUGUUGAAAAGUGCAGACUCCUCUGGUAGCCCUUAUACAGAAAUGGAUUCUGGAAUUUCUGAAACUGAAGGAAGCAGUCUACUAGGAGAUGAUGACUCAUCAUUUGAUACUAAAAGGUCCUACUUGGAAUGGUGCCUCGAACACAGCAUAGAAUAUGUAGAAGCCUGUGCAUCAAAUGCUGAAUUUGACAAAUGUCUUUCUGUGGAUGGUGAUUCUCAGGGCGCUGAACGGCUCUUUGGGGCACUUUCAGCUUAUAUGUGGCCUGGAAUGAUCUUGAAGUCUGGUGAUAAGAUUACUGAACCUUCAUUACCUGAACAUCAAGAGUUGUCAGAUGAAGAAUCUGAUUAUGAACUUGAAUAUGAAAUCUUAUCUGCUGGCUCAGCUGAUCCCUGGGAUGACACAGAUAUAGGAUGGGUAUCUGCAGAUGCUACCGUUGUAACCACUGGAACCGAGGGAUCAGUUCCUAAUGGAAAAACCGAAAUCGGGUUAAUUAGAGGAGAAAUGCAACCCUCAUCUUCUACAUCUCAAUUGGAAGGAGAAAGUGACAGAAAAGAACUGCCCAGAGCGGAUGCAGAUGAUGGUGAUUCAGAGGAUGAUAAAGGAACAACAUAUGAUUUUGAGAAUUUGGAACAGUUAAUGUCCGAGAUUGGGAAUGUCCGAGACAGCUUAAGGUUAAUGCCAGACUUCCAAAGGAGGGAAAUGGCUGCAAAUUUGGCAAUGAAAAUGGCUGCCAUGUUUGGUGAUAGCAGUGGAGAUGAAGGAGGAUUGGAAUGAUAGGAGAAGCCCUUUAAAGUCGAUGAUCACGAAUGCCUCAGUUUCACUUCUUGUAGAGCUGAUCAUAGACUAAAGGAAUCUCAUAAGCACAUUGUGCAUUCAUGUCAAGUGAUAUCGACAAGAUAUUUUAUCAAAGAUAUCUGCUUUAAAAUUUACGGAUCUAAUUGUGUUUAUGAUGCAAACGCAGCAGUAUUUACAAGUCCUAACAGGUGAUUGGUGAUGAUAUAAAUGAUUUUAGCUUGUUCAGGCUUCUACAGAAGUUCUUUAGAUUUCCCUGGCAGUAGCAGUUUUGUGUAAUGCUAGCUAGAGUAAUAUAUAAUGUUAUGAGAAUCAGUUAUCGUUAUAUUUUGAACUUCUGAUUAUGUUAUGA